AUGGUUGUUGCCAAUCAUAUCGCUAACAAUAUUGCUAUAUAUCUUGGAUCUAACAAUGGCACUUUUUCAAGUCCAAUCGAGUAUCCAACAGGUACUGGAUCAGCUCCGUACAAGGUCGCUGUUGGUGAUUUCAACAAUGAUCAUCGAUUAGAUAUUGCAGUCGCAAAUUUUGGUACUAAUAACGUUGGUAUAUUUCUUGGAUUUGGAAAUGGAUCUUUCGUUAACCAAGUAAUAUUUUCAAUUGGCUCAUCUCGUCCGAUUUCGAUUAACGUAGCUGACUUCAACAAUGACACACUACUCGAUAUUGUCACUGCCAAUUAUGGAACAAAUAGUAUAAGCAUACUCCAUGGAUAUGGAGAUGGAAAUUUUUCGGGCCCAACUACAUAUUCCACAGGCUAUGAUUCUUUUCCAUCCUCACUGAUCACUGGAGAUUUCAAUAACGACAACCAUUCAGAUAUUGCUGUUGCCAACUAUGGUACGAACAAUGUUGGUAUACUUCUUGGCCGUGCCAACGGCACUUUUGCAAACCAAAUAACUUUCUCAACUGGCUUUGGUUCUCAUCCGUACUCAAUCACUGCUGGCUAUUUCAAUGACGAUGCCUUCCUCGAUAUUGCUAUCGCUAAUUAUGGAAUGGAUAAAAUAGGCGUACUUCUGAGCUAUGGUAACGUAACUUUUGCAAAUCAAGUCACUUAUUCCACUGGUUCUGCUUCUCCAUAUAUGAUUGACGUUGGUGACUUCAAUCAGGACAAUCGCCUAGAUUUAGUCGUCACUAAUAACGGUACUAAGAAUAUUGCCGUACUUCUUGGUUGUACAAACGGUACUUUUGCCAAUCCAAUGAUGUAUUCAACUGGAGCUUCUUCUUUCACAUCAUUUGCCAUAGGGGAUUUCAACAAAGACAAUCGUUUAGAUAUGAUUGUCGUUAGUAAUGACACUGGUGCCAUUGAUAUCCUUCUUGGUUCGUAUGAGGGAUUUUCAAAUCGAAAAACUUAUUCAACUGGCUCUCUUCCACGAUCCGUUGCUGUUGGUGAUUUCAACAACGACAACCGAAUAGAUCUUGUUGUUGCCAAUUGGGGUAGCGAUGAUCUUAGUAUCCUUCUGGGAUAUGGCAAUGGCUCUUUUACAAAUCAAAGCAGGUAUUCAAUUGACACUGCUCCAUACUCUGUAGCUGUUGGUGAUUUCAACAACGACAACCGAUUAGACAUCGUUGUCGCUAAUGGUGCUGCCAAUGACGUCAGUGUCCUUCUUGGAUAUGGCAAUGGCUCUUUUCAAAAUCAGAUCACUUAUUUAACUGGUUCUAUUCCAAGAUCUCUAGCUGUUGGUGAUUUUAACAAUGACAAUCGACUAGAUAUCGUUGUCGCCAAUUAUUUUAGCAAUAAUGUGAGUAUCCUUCUUGGAUAUGGUAAUGGCUCUUUUGCAAAUCAAAGUACGUAUUCAACUGGGCGUGGUCCACUGUCUGUCGCUGUUGGUGACUUCAAUAACGACAACCGACUGGAUAUCGUUGUCGCCAACUAUUUUAGCAAUAAUGUAAGUGUCCUUCUUGGAUAUGACGUUGGCUCUUUUGCAAAUCAAAUCACUUAUUUAACUAACUCUGGUCCACAAUAUGUAGCUGUUGGUGAUUUCAACAACGACAACCAACUGGAUAUUGUUGUCACCAAUCGUGAUGCCAAUGAUGUAAGUGUUCUUCUUGGAUAUGGUAAUGGCUCUUUUGCAAAUGGAAUCAGGUUUUCAACCAGCUCUGCACCGUGGUCCCUAGCUAUUGGUGAUUUUAACAACGACACCCGACUGGAUAUCGUAUUCGCCAAUAGUAAUAGUCAUGAUGUGGGCGUGCUUCUUGGAUAUGGCAAUGGGUCUUUUGCAAAUCAAAUCACGUAUUCAACUAGUUCUUAUCUAUAUUCUGUAGUCGUUGGUGAUUUCAACAAUGACACCCGACUGGAUAUCGUUGCCAUCAAUGUAGAUCGCGACAAUGUCGAUAUACUACUCCAAUAUAACAGAGGAUUUCUUAAAAAUGAAAUGACCUACGCAUCUGGUGGUGGUUCUAAACUACGAUAUGUUACUGUUGGUGAUGUGAACAACGACACUCAACUAGAUAUUAUCGUUGCUAACUAUGGCACUAAUGAUGUAGGUAUUCUUUUUGGAUAUGGAAAUGGUACUUUUCUAGAUCAAAUGAUGCUCAGUACUGGCUCAAAUUCUCAUCCAUCCGCUAUUGCCAUUGGUGAUUUCGAUGGUGACACUGAACUGGAUGUCGCUGUGACCAAUUAUGGUACUAAGAGUGCAAAUAUUUUGUUUGGAAAUGGAAAGGGAAUGUUUACAAAUCAAGCAAGUUAUGAAAUUGGUUUUGUUUCUACUCCGUUCGUCAUCGCUUCUGGUGAUUUCAAUAAUGAUAGACGAUCGGAAACUGUUGUCGCUUACGAUGAUAGUGAUAAUCUGGAUAUUCUUAUUGCAUACAACAAUGUGUCUUUUGCAAAUCAAAAUACGUAUUUAUCUGACCAAUGGCCACUGUCUGUAACUGUUGGUGAUUUCAAUAAUGACAACCGACUGGAUAUCAUUGUCGCCUACGAGUAUAACUAUGAUAUGAGUACGCUUCUUGGAUAUGGUAAUGGCUCUUUCUCAAAUGAGAUCAGAUAUUCAACUACUUCUUAUCCAUGGUUUGUAGCCAUUGGUGAUUUCAACAACGACAAUCGACUGGAUAUCGUCGUUGCUCAUUUUUAUACCAAUAAUGUAAGUGUCCUUCUUGGCUAUGGUAAUGGUUCUUUUUCAAAUCACAUGACCUAUCCAGCUGGCUCUCAUCCAUUCUCUGUAGCUGUUGGUGAUUUUAAUAACGAUAAUCAACUAGAUAUCGUUGUCGCCAAUGGUGACAUAAAUGAUGUGAGUGUCCUUCUUGGAUAUGGUAACGGGUCUUUUGCAAAUCAAAUCAUGUAUUCAACUGGCUCUAGUUUUGGAUAUGUAGCUGUUGGUGAUUUUAACAACGACAAUCGACUUGAUAUCGUAGUCGCCUAUGGUAAUACCGAUAAUGUGAAUGUCCUUCUUGGAUAUGGUAAUGGCUCUUUUUCAAAUCAGAUCAGACAUGCAACUAGCUCUUUUCCACGAGCCGUAGCUGUUGGCGAUUUCAACAACGACACUAGACUAGAUAUCGUUGUUGCCAAUACUAUUAGUCAUGAUGUGAGCGUGUUUCUUGGAUAUGGUAAUGGCUCUUUUGCAAAUCAGGUCAGGUAUUCAACUAAUUCUUAUCUAUACUCUAUAGCCGUUGGCGAUUUCAACAAAGACAGCAUACUGGACAUUGUCGUCACUAAUCAAGAUACUGCAAGUGUGGGGCUGUUUCUUGGAUAUGGCAAUGGUUCUUUUGCAAAUCAAAGCACGUAUUCCACUGAUGUUUAUCCAGGAUCUGCAGCUAUUGGUGAUUUCAACAACGACGCUCGACUGGAUAUUGUUGUGAACCAUGGGAAUACCCAACGUGUCAGUGUUCUUCUGGGACAUAUUAUUAUAGGUUUUGUAAGCCAAGCCACACUCACGACUGGCAGUGGUUCCCGACCGCGAUCAUUUGCCAUUAGUGAUUUUAACAAUGAUGAUCGAAUCGAUAUCGCUGUUGCCAAUUCAGGUUCUGACACUAUCGGAAUUUUUCUUGGAUAUGGCAAUAUCUCUUUUGCAAAUCAAGUACCAUAUUCAACUGGCUCGAAUUCAUCGCCAUACUCCAUGGCUAUUGGCGAUUUCAAUAACGAUACUUGGCUGGAUAUUGUCGUUGCCAAUUAUGGUUCUGAAAACGUAGGUAUUUUUCUCGGAUAUGGCAAUGGCUCUUUUACAAAGCAAACGGCAUAUUCAACGGGCUCUGGUUCGUAUCCUUCUUCUGUUGCUGUGGGUGAUUUUAACAACGAUACCAUGCUAGACAUUGCUGUCGUUAAUCAAGGGACUAAUAGUGUGAGUGUUUUCCAUGGAUAUGGCAAUGGCACCUUCACAAGCCCGAUUCGAUUUUCCAUGAGUUAUGGAUCUCGUCCAUUCUCCAUCGUCGUUGGCGAUUUCAACCAUGACACAAAACUGGAUUUAGCUGUGGCAAAUGAUGGCACGGACAGUCUAUAUAUUCUCUUACAAAAUUGUUAA